AUGGGUUAAACGGUUAUCUGAGCCCCGGUGCAUGCUGGUCAGCUUCAGCACCUUCCUCAGAAAAACAUUUCACUACCUUCUCUCUGGAAACCGAAGAAACUCGUACUGUGGACAGAUGAAUGGUGUUUAGGAGAGUUUCACCUUACACACCGCAUGGACUGAGCCGAGCGAGUCACUCGCAGUAGUAUAUUAAGGCGCUCGUUUCCACUUUUUGUGUGUCAUUAUACAAGCUAACACGUUAGCUAAAGACAUUUAGCCCACUCUUUCUCAUCUUUCUCACAGGAAACGGUAUUCACCCUAUCUGUUCGCCUCUCUCGUCGUUUACAGUUACAAAUACAACAACCAAAACUUUGACAAAGUUGAAGCAAACUGGCUUGAUUUUCAUUACAACCCGCUUAUAAGUGACUUCGAAACUUGUGGAGUUCUCCGCAGUAUCUAACAUGUCGUAGCAAAACUAAGGGGUUGUCUCCUUGUUUGGCUACAAUGGAGGCGUGUGUGAGGUUUUUGUGUCGUGAGAAUCCGCUGACAGUGUCUACGAGAUGUUGGACCCGGAGAACUUUCACGUUAAAGAGGUUAAGAUCACCUUUCACGCGUCCUCUGUCUGUUCGACAUUCACCGUUAGUGUGGGGAGGAAAACACCGCGGUGUCGGUCCAGGAGAGGCACUCAAACACAGCUCUCUUUUCUGUCGUGGCAGAGUUACAGAUGCUUCCCAUGCAGCGGCGCUGUCCAGUGUGGCCCCUGAAUUUGUUGUGAUGAAAUUUGAGCCAGACGGGAAUGUCACUUCAUUUGAGAAAAAGAAAACAGAGUUCUAUCAGGAACUUGGCUUGCAGGCAAGAGACUUGAGAUUCCAGCACCUCACCAGCAUUACAUCACGAAACAAUACGAUCAUUAUUCGCAUGGAGUCCCUGAAAGCUGUAGUUACUCCAGACUGUUUGCUGGUGCUAGAUUUUCGUGGACUGGGUCUGGAGAAGUGGCUGGUUUUGGACCUGGGGCCCCAGUUAGCAGGAGAUGGAGCCUUGGCCACUUACUCACUACCUUUUGAGUUCAGAGCCUUGGAGGCCAUUCUGCAGCACAGGAUAAACACACUCCGAGCAAGGUUAAAUGAAGUUCAGCCUCAAAUCCUGGACUGUCUGGAGUCAUUAGUGGACCCGAAGCUUCUGUCAGCAGACCGCAGUAAACUACACAUGCUUCUACUCAACAGUAAGAGCCUUUCUGAACUGGAGACUGACAUAAAAGUAUUUAAGGACAGCCUGCUGAAAAUCCUGGAUGAGGAUGAGUUGAUUGAGGAGCUGUGUCUUACCAAGUGGACCGACCCCCGUGUGUUUGAGCAGAGCAGUUUAGGCAUAGAUCAUGCUCACGAGAUGGAGUUGCUCCUGGAGAAUUAUUUUAUGCAGGCUGAGGAGCUUGGAAAUAAAACACGGGAGCUGAAGGGGCUUAUUGAUGACUCAGAGAGUGUCAUCUUCAUCAAUCUGGACAGUCAUCGAAAUGUGAUGAUGCGCCUGAACCUCCAGCUCACAAUGGGAACCUUCUCCCUGUCCUUAUUUGGCCUGAUGGGUGUGGCCUUUGGCAUGAAUUUGGAGUCCUCCUUUGAAGAAGAUCCACGUGUGUUUUGGUUGGUGACUGGAUUUAUGUUCCUAGGCAGUGGCCUUAUCUGGAGACGUUUGCUGUCCUUCCUGGGACGACACUUGGAGCCCACAUCUCCACCUCCAAUCCCGCCUGUUUGGAGGAAAAACCAGAUCAGCACCUUAAAAGGGACAGAGAUAAAACCUGGAGUAAGAUGAUAGUGUGACCACAGCAUCUCUCUCUCUCUCUCUCUCUCUCUCUUUCUCUCUUUCUCUUUCUUUCUUUCCCUUUUUCUGGGCACUUUCUGUUAACAGUACAGUUUGCUUCAGUAAAUGUAUUGUUAACUGAUUGAGAGUGAUUUUAUGCUAAUAUGCAAGGGGAAAAGCAAAAUAAUAGGAACACCAAAUGAAAUGUUUCAAGCACUAACAUUUCAGUUAAAAGGCAACAGGCUAAGCUUUGAAUGUUGAGGUUGAGAGAAAUGGUUCCCUCAUAGACACAACUUUAGUUUUAUAGUAAUAUUUAUGAUGCUACUUGAAACCUUAAAAUCAACACUGUUCCUUACUGCAUCAUAUUGUACUUGACAUUUCUGGUGUACCAUCGUAAAUUAUUCAAACAAUAUAUGGCACAUUAUGCACAUUUUGAAGACAGAAGGUGAACCACCUCUUAAUUUUUGUGUGUCCAUUUUGUUUACUCACUGUAUGGGUAACUAAGCAGGUAUCAUUUUUUUAUUGUUACAUUUGUCACACUGAGUUUGGUUGACAGUGUUCUGUGCUACUCACUCUGUCAUGAUCAUGACUGUGAUUUUAGAGACACACAGUGCUUACCUCUUAUUCACAUUGAGAUAUGUUGUAUCAUCUGUUGUCAUGUUCUGCUGCUUCUGUGUAUAUAUGCUAUGAAGAAUGGAAGACCCAUGCUAAUGGCUACAUCAUUUUAAAAAUAAAACAUUUAAAUGGACACUGA